CGGGACUCUACCGCCCCCUGCGGGCUCUGAGUGAUAUCAGUACCACCAUUGCAUGAUCGAGAGCAAACGAAACACGUACUCAUAAUAAUUAAAUAAAUAAUAAUAUUAAUAAUAAUUAUUACAAUUAUAAAAAGGUUUAUUGUAAAUAAACGCUUCUACAUGAAUAGCCCGGUGUCCCCCGGCCGGUAACCCAGAAAGAUGGUGCGGACUCCCCGGGACUCGAUUCUCUGUUUACUUUGUACAGGGGCCUGUCUGGUGCAGGGGAAGGAGUUCUGUUUUGGGGUGAACAGGGAGCCAUACCGCUGUGAGAUGGGGUACUGCUGCAGAGAGACCGAGUGCUGCACUUACUACCAUGAGCUGUGGUGGUUCUGGCUGGUCUGGACUGUCAUCAUCCUCCUGAGUUGCUGCUGUGCGUACCGACACCGCCGUCUGAAGCUGCGGCUCCAGCAUGAGCAGAGGCAGCGUGAGAUCAGCCUCAUGGCGUACCAGGGAGCCUCGAGCCCCUUCACCCCGCUGCCACCCGCCACCUUCCGAUUGUGGUCGAACUGUAAGCUCCCGGCUUAUGACGAAGUAGCGGGACACCCCCCCACCCCGCCCCCCCCUUACUCCCCUGAACAGGAUGUGAUCCCGGCCACGCCUCUCCUGCAAACCGCCGUGCCUUUCAGCCAAUCGGGGCCCGCGGUGAUGUUGGUGACAUCACUGACACAGCAGCAGCAGCAGCAGCAGCAUCUGGAAGAGGAGUGGGAGGGGCCAGAACCAGGCAGCCCGCAUUGUGACACGCCAGCAGAGGGAGGGGCCAGAGCGGGAACCAGCCAAUCGGACGGAAGGCAGAACUUCCUCUCCCGCAGCUCAGAGCUGGGCAAAGAGAAUGUGGAGUCCAUUCACCAAGGGGAGGGGGAGGGAGAAGGGGAGGACUCCCACGACGCUGGCAGGCGGAGGAGGCACAUGACGGGAGACUCUGGGAUCGAGGUGUGCGCGUGCCGCCUGGAUGGGGACCCCUGUCUGGAGGAAGAUGCAGGGGGGGAAGGGAGGCUGUGUCAUGGGGGGGCUGGGGAGUGCUGUGAGGCGAGCAACCUCAACACCAAGCAGCAGCAACAGCAACCAGACAGAGGGAGCAGCCAGCAAGACACCCGACCUGAGGAGCCCGAGCAGAACGGGCUGUAGAGACCUGAGGAGCCCGAGCAGAACGAGCUGUAGAGACCUGAGGAGCCCCGAGCAGAACGGGCUGUAGAGACCUGAGGAGUCCGAGCAGAACGGGCUGUAGAGACCUGAGGAGCCCGAGCAGAACGGGCUGUAGAGACCUGAGGAGCCCGAGCAGAACGGGCUGUAGAGACCUGAGUGUGUGCGUGUGCAGUAUGUGUGACACUGUCUGUCUUCUACGUUCUAACUUCCAUUAGUUAUUUGAUUAGAAAUUAGAUUUUCAGGGUUGCCCUUUAUCUUCCUGUUUUUUUUUUUCUUCUUCUCUCUGAGCCGUGCCUCAUUUGUGUUUAUAAAGCUCAGGGUUUCGGGGCGCUGCGCGGCACACCAGGCAGGGAGACUUGGGGGUUUGAUACAGCACCCUCAAACUAGGUCUCCCGGGGGUCUCCUGGAAGCAGGUUUCAAGACGCUGCUCCUGAGAGAGGCUUCGUGUUCCCUCGGGUUUGGGUUGUGUCGUGGGGAGUGUGCGUGAAAAUAUGGUUCAAGUCUUUAUUUGGACUGUGAAUCUCGUUUGUUGAAAAGGAAAUUCCUUAAAGUGUAUACCCCACCCCCCCACCCCCCCACAAUGUUCCGUUUGCCAUUCGCUGUGUUUAUUUUUUUAUUUCUGUCGUUUGAAUUGUUUUUUCCAAUGCUGGUUAGUGGGAGUGGGAGUGGGAGUGGGAGUGGGAGUGGGGGGUGUGCUAGUGCCAGUGCUGAGACCCCUGGUUCCAAUAUGCAAGCACAUGCAGCUUGAGAUGUUUUCAGUAGCAAAGAACAAACAAAGUGACCUUGUUCUUAAGCUUGUAUCUGUUUAUAUAACAGACUUCAUACUGCAGGGCUGAAUUUCAUGCACGGCGACCUCGUAUGAGGGCAGAUAAGAAAAAUAAAAUUCUAAUCUUUAUAUAGAUAUAUAUGGGGUCAAGACUAGCAAGCUAAUGCAUGAUGACCUCAUAGGAGCCGGACGCUUUUUCCCCAUGUAAAGCAGUGGGAGGGGGAGGAAGGAGUCUUACAGAGUUGAAUUAUUAUUAUUUAUUUCUUAGCAGACGGCCUUAUCCAGGGCGACUUACAAAUUGUUACAAGAUAUCACAUUAUUUUUACAUACAAUUCCCCAUUUAUACAGUUGGGGUUUUUACUGGAGCAAUCUAGGUAUAGUACCUUGCUCAAGGGUACAGCAGCAGCGUCCUCCACCUGGGAUUGAACGCACGGCCGUCCGGUCAAGAGUCCAGAGCCCUAACCACUACUCCACGCUGCUGCCCAUUUUGAAUCACAGGGUCAUCGAGGGCUCUGGUAGUUGUCCCGGGGAAAGGUGAUAAAAUUCAGCCCUGUCCUCCUGGAACAGCGUGAUGCAGUGUGAGGACUGUACUUCGUUUUCAUUGCCUGGUUUUGUUUUCAGUGUUACAGCGGUGUGCACAUGUAUUACAACACCUCCCGAUCUGCCAUCGAUAUCCUUCAUAUACCCGCCUGCAUGCAAACCUCUGGGUGUGAGAAUUUCAAUCUCCGCUCAGUAAUCAGUGAUAUAGAAACACGCUCGUGUGUGAAAAUGUCAGACCACUUUGUGCUUUAAUCAGGCGUCUUAAACAACUUCUAAAAAGUCUCCUGCGUUUUAUCACGUGUGGCUCUGUGUUCCUUUUCUCGUGACUAUUUUAAAUGAAUCGCACGUGUGGUCUGUUAAAAUCAUCCAUUAAAUGAGACAAUCGCUCACUUGCCUGUUUUGGAGUUUCAUCUCCAGCGGUUUGAUUUCAGACGCGCAGUAAAUCAGAACUACAGAAGCGAUGGGCUGUUCUAAUACACGGGCACGCUGCUGUGUAAUUGGCUUAGAUAUAAUUUUUUUUUUCUGAAGUUGGUGGGGGGGAGGGGGGG